CGAACGCGCGCAGGCUGCGGCUCGGCCCGGCAAAGUUGCUCCCGGAGCCGGCCUGCUCGGCGCCCUCGCCUUCCGCGGGCUGCAGACUGGCCGCACGCAGUCGCAGCUCGGAUCCCUGCCUUCUCUGGCGGGACCUGCCCGUGGGUCAGGCGCUUGUCUGUCUGUCUCGUUACUUACAAACCCUUGUUUGAUCCAAGACGCGAGAAAAACGUGAUCUAGGUUGCUUUUGGUGUUUUCCUUUGGACCCUUGAAAAGCUAAAUACCGCCCGCUCGUCGCCUACCAAACCUUUGUUUUUUUUUGAAAAGCCUGCAGGUGGGACGGAUUGGGAAGUUGUGCUUCUAACAGGCAUUCUUGUUUGCUACGGUGUGGAAUAUCGACUUGGUAUUCCAAACUUGUGUAAAAUGCCAUUUGUAAAGUUAUUGUUAGUAGACGGUCAGGUAAACUGCUUUGGAGUAAUUCUGUCUUUUCAGAAGUUCCUGACAUGAAUUAAGGUUGAAAAAAAAUUUUUUUUUGUUAUUUUCUUCUAAUUUCACAUAAGUUGAACCUGUACCACUGAUAAGGAUGCGUUCCUUGGGUCUGAUGGAGUAAAUUUGCUGUUACUGUACAGAAAGUACACAGGCUGUUCUACUUUCGACCUCAGUUUUAAAAGUUCUCGUCUGGUGGAGAGCUGUUAGUCAGAUAGUUAAAUGAGGUUUGAACUGCUUGGUACACGGAUUAGUGAGGCAAAUGUAUCAGUGAUGGAAGGAAUGUAAAACGUGUUUCAUCAGUGUAUCGUGGUGAGGGUUUUUUCAUUUGCCUUAAAACCCCUACCUAGGGUAUUUUGAGAAUUCCCUUCCCUAGAAAGUCAUGUGGCAGACGUUUGUAUUAAAUUCUGAAACACAGCGGUUUUGUUUUUAAGAUUUCUUAGUUUUCACAUAAACGUAGCUGUGUUGGUAAAUAUAAACAGUUGAUGUGUUUGAACAUUGCUAAAGCAAGUGCCCGCUUACCCUCUCGCAGUUGAAAUCCGCAUUUCAUUGCGUUUAAGUGUUGGCUGUGUUUAAUGUAACGAGCUUGGAAAGUCCGUUUCUGGGGGUGUUUUAGUAAGAAACUGCUCUUCGGAAGAGCGUGCUUUUUCUACGUUCACCUUCCAGUGUGGUUUUGAAUUUUAGGUGUUCAACAAAAAAUUGGGUUUUUCAAGGUUGUAACCUACCAGUGCUUAGUCAUAAGAGGUUAAUUUUCUACACAAUCGGUAAUGAAAUAAUAGUCUUGUAAGAAAUUGUGCAGGGUGAUUUCCUGUUUGUGGUUUGUCAGCCUUGGUAUGUGUUUUAACUCCUAGGUGGGAAUAUUGGGGCUGGAUUUUUGUAUUUCAGCACAAGUUGUGUUUAAUAGGAAGAGGUGGUUUCUACUUCAAGAUGUCAAGAGGCCCCCUUGCAUUUUUAUAUUGCUAGCUACAGGAGGCUCUUUUCGCAGUGUGGUCCGCCUCUUGUGAGAGCAUGUCGUCCAUCUUGCCGUUCACUCCGCCAGUGGUGAAGAGACUGCUGGGGUGGAAGAAGUCGGCCGGUGGCUCUGGAGGAGCGGGAGGAGGGGAGCAGAAUGGCCAGGAAGAGAAGUGGUGUGAGAAGGCCGUGAAGAGUCUGGUGAAGAAGCUGAAGAAAACGGGACGACUAGAUGAGCUUGAGAAAGCCAUCACCACUCAGAAUUGUAAUACUAAAUGUGUCACCAUACCAAGCACUUGCUCUGAAAUUUGGGGACUGAGUACACCAAAUACGAUAGAUCAGUGGGAUACAACAGGCCUUUACAGCUUCUCUGAACAAACCAGGUCUCUUGACGGUCGUCUUCAGGUGUCCCAUCGGAAAGGACUGCCGCAUGUUAUAUAUUGCCGGUUGUGGCGCUGGCCUGACCUUCACAGCCAUCAUGAACUCAAGGCAAUUGAAAACUGCGAAUAUGCUUUCAAUCUUAAAAAGGAUGAAGUAUGUGUAAACCCUUACCACUACCAGAGAGUUGAGACACCAGUUCUGCCUCCAGUAUUAGUGCCCCGGCACACGGAGAUCUUAACUGAACUUCCACCUCUGGAUGACUAUACCCACUCCAUUCCAGAAAACACUAACUUUCCCGCAGGAAUUGAGCCACAGAGUAAUUACAUCCCAGAAACACCACCUCCUGGAUAUAUCAGUGAAGAUGGAGAAACAAGUGAUCAACAGUUGAACCAAAGUAUGGACACAGGCUCUCCAGCAGAACUGUCUCCUACUACUCUUUCCCCUGUUAAUCACAGCUUGGAUUUGCAGCCAGUUACUUAUUCAGAACCGGCCUUUUGGUGUUCAAUAGCAUAUUAUGAAUUGAACCAGAGGGUUGGAGAGACCUUCCAUGCCUCACAGCCUUCCCUCACAGUAGAUGGCUUUACAGAUCCAUCAAACUCAGAGAGGUUCUGCUUAGGGUUACUGUCCAAUGUGAACCGAAACGCCACAGUAGAAAUGACAAGAAGACAUAUAGGAAGAGGAGUGCGCUUAUAUUACAUAGGUGGGGAAGUUUUUGCUGAGUGCCUAAGUGAUAGUGCAAUCUUUGUGCAGAGCCCCAAUUGUAAUCAGAGAUACGGCUGGCACCCUGCAACAGUGUGUAAAAUUCCACCAGGCUGUAAUCUCAAGAUCUUCAACAACCAGGAAUUUGCUGCUCUUCUGGCUCAGUCUGUUAAUCAGGGGUUUGAAGCCGUCUAUCAGCUAACUAGAAUGUGCACCAUAAGAAUGAGUUUUGUGAAAGGCUGGGGAGCAGAAUACCGAAGGCAGACAGUCACAAGUACUCCUUGCUGGAUUGAACUUCAUCUGAAUGGACCUCUACAGUGGUUGGACAAAGUAUUAACUCAGAUGGGAUCCCCGUCAGUGCGCUGCUCAAGCAUGUCGUAAAGCUUCAGCACCAGCCAAGUCCAUCGACAGACUCCGUGUAACAGCUCUUCUAUCAUAGUAUUCGUGUAUGGUCCCCGUGGACUGUUUACUGUCCAGAAAUUCAAGAGAGAAAACAGCACUUGAGGUCUCAUCAAUUAAAGCACCUUGUGGAAUCUGUUUCCUAUAUUUGAAUAUUAGAUGGGAAAAUUAGUGUCUAGAAAUACCCUCCCAUAAAGGAGGAAGAGAAGAUUUUAAAGACUUAAUGCUGUCUUGUUGGGCAUAAAACUGCGUGUCCCAAAGGUUUAUUAAUAACAGUAGUAGUAAUGUGUACAGGUAAUGUAUCAUGAUCCAGUAUCACAGUAUUGUGCUGUUUAUACACAUUUUUAAUUUGCAUAAAUGAGGUGUGUGUGUGCUGCUUCUUGAUCUAGGCAAGCCUUUAUAAAGUUACAGUACCUAAUCUGUUAUUCCCAUUUCUCCGUUAUUUUUGUGUGUCUUUUUUAAUAUAUAAUAUAUAUCAAGAUUUUCAAAUUAUCAUUUAGAAGCAGAUUUUCCUUGUAGAAAAACUAAUUUUUCUGCCUUUUACCAAAAAUAAACUCUUGGGGGAAGAAAAGUGGAUUAAUUUUUGAAAUCCUUGACCUUAAUGUGUUCAGUGGGCUUAAAUACUCAUUCUUUUUGUGUUUGUUUACUGCUAAGUUUCAUUAUAAGGAAACCAUACUGAAAAUCUUUCCAAGCCUCUUAUCUCCAUUACCACUUUGUUCUUAUACCAAAACAGUGUAGCAUGACAUCAUUGCCAGUAGUACUGCACUGACAGAGCCAGCACCAGUUGAUUCUGGAGUACAGUGUAAGUGUCUAUGGAUGAAGUCCCGUUGCCUUACAACCUAACUGCACCAGAUAAUAAUUGACUUGUAUAACUUAGUAGUUUAUGGAUUUUUCCCUUCAUUUCAUUAAAAAAAUGCACAAGUAGCAGUAUAAUUAUUUUCAGGGAUAUGCUAGAAUUACUUCAUCAGAUUUAUCCUAAUUUUUAAAAAAUUCUGAUCAUAAGUAUAAAUAGCCUUUUUGAAAAGGUGUUUUAAAGUAAUCCAACACAGGCCUUCUGCCCUUUUGAGUAGUUUCAUUGGAUUUAGUUUACCAGAUUGUAUUGUGAAAUGGACCUUUUGUAAAUGUAAUUGCUUCUGUGAAAUGCCUAGGAAAGCAAUGCUGAGGCGUGGUUAGCAGAUAAGGACCAACAAGUAUGUUGUGUUCAGUUUAUAAAUCAAAUGUUAUUUUAUAUGUUAGGAAUGCAGAAUUUUAGACGGUGAGGGAGAAUCUGUUUAACAAGAUUUUCAGCUUAAAAUUAGGUGCAGUCUGAGCUGUUGCUCUGGGUAUGUGGUUGGCCAUCUUCCGUGUCUGCCGGGAGAGGAGCGUGCAGAGGUGGCAACGGCCCCUUCUGCAGCCACCUGGUGACUCACUGCCGUGCAAACAUUUCUCUCGUCUUGGAAGAAAUGGAAGAUAGCCAGUCCUGAGCCCCUUUUCAUAAAUUUCCGUAGUUUCGAAGAUAUCUUUGGCACUUAUUCUUUGAAACCAUAUUCACCUUUAUCUGUGUACAGGCAUCGUUUUUGAUACCUUCAGCAUUUGGUGGUUUUCUGUUGGAUACUCUCCCAUUUUCCUAUCCUUAUGUAUGUAUAUGUUCAUGUACAUUUGGAUUAGGAAUGUUUUAUUCGUUCAACAAGUAUUUAUUGUUCACCUGUUAUAUGCCAGGAGCUUUCUUAGGUUUGGGGUGAGGGUGAACAAGACAGGUAGUGGUCCCGGCCUUUCUCGAUAGCAGUUACUCAAACCCUUACUCAGCCUGUGAAGGAGGUGAGCAGAUUGCUGUGCUGGAGACUAACGGAUGGGUUGCUUCCGUGGGCCGUCUGGGGAGACCUCUGGAAGGAAGUGAUGCUUGACCAGCCCCUGACUUGGAGGGCACGAGAUGAGCCAGGGGAAUACGCAUUGCUGCUGACGAGAGCAGCGUGCCUCUCGGAGGCUGGUUCUUGGGCACCGAUGCUCUGUGCAGAAUGAGCUGCGCUAAUCCAGACCUGAAGACCGGCACAGUUUGUAUGACAUUGAAGGGGCCUUAUGUUGUGGUAGACUGCUUGGUGUCAUUCUCACUAACAUCUCUUCUCCCUGAAACUCUGAUGUGCACAUUUCUCAUGUGCGCCAGGUCAGUACCACUUCCUUGCACGUGUCCCCCCAUUCUGCUGCUUGCUUCUAGACUUCCUGCUCCCUGCUGCCCAUCUUGUGAUUAGUCAGUGUCCCAGGGGUCAUCACUGUCGAGCCCGCUGGAGAUAACCAGUGGAGCCCUCUGCCCCUCUUUGAAAGCCUUUAUUUACUUGAGAACUUUUAGUGAUGGGGGACAGAGUUGGGGUCAGAGAACAACUUUGGAAGUGGUAGAAGGUUCUGGCAGUUACUCUGAUAGACAUGUUAAUUGAAGCAGUGGCCCCCUCUGGCAUUUCCGUAGCGGAGAACGUCUCCAUAACUCUGGGGGGUUUUCUGUGCAGUAGGAAACCGACACUUGACUCUUCGGAAGCGCCUGUUGUAUUGAGCCGAUAUACCUACAUGUUAAGUGCCUGACUUCAUCAUGGGGAUUACAUUUUUGUGAAUCUGUUUCACUAUCUUACUUGCUUUUCAAAUGGGAUUCUCUUUUGCUUUAUAUUUUUGCCUACUGUUGCCUAAAACUCUGGUAGAUUUAUUUUUCCUUUUCAGGGGUGAUUUUUAUUCUAGGUGAUAAGAGUCCCCUCUCUUGAAUUGUAAUCAUUGUUUAAAUUAGCAACAGUAUUCACAAUUUAUCCUUCAUUGUACUAACAGUGUAUUUUCAUGACUGACAACAAAGCAGCCAGGCUGCUACCACAGUUCUAGGAUGAGCGCUAGUCUUCCCGGGGGGUUUCGAGACAGCUGUGGGGCUGGCUGAGGGGGCUAGAGCCUGGGGGAGUUCCCUAGUGACUUUGGUUUAACCUGUAGCAGCUUGGGUUUUAUACACAGGAUUUUUUUGGGGAGGGCAAAAAUGUCAUUGCUUAAAAGGAAAAGUUAGAAUAGUCUUUGUAAGCGCAGGUUGAGCUUAGAGAAUCUGAAUUUGGGCCACCCUUUUGGUACUGCUGGCUGUGAUGUGUUCACCCGCUUCAGAGCAGUCUAGACUGUUUGAACCACAUCAUCCUCCUGAUUACACGUGGUGCUUUCAUUCGGCUGCUAGACGUGUGCUGGUGCCUGUCUCGUCGGAGGCAGACACUGCGAUAGAUGUGGAGUAGUAGAAGGUAACGCCGCCGUGGUCCUGGCUCGCAGAUCAGGACCUGUCACCUUGCCAGGGGCAAAUCGGCCUGGUUUUUCUCGCUGACUGAAUAUUCUUCCUCUGCAGUCCCUCCUGUAUUCCGAGUCUGUAUUUACAGGUAGUGUACCAUCUCUAUAUUUUCUGCCUUCAGCCACAUCCAGUGGUGUCUGGUCUGCAUUAUACAUCAUCAUGUUUUCCUCCUUUGUUAAAAUUAUUUUAGUGUUGCUUUAUUUGUGCCUUUUUUGUCAGUUUCACCAAGACUAAGACUUUGAUGGUGACAAACAAUCAGUCUGGUCUCUUCUAGGUGGAUAAAUUAAAAGAGAAUAUAUACCCAGUUAGUUUCUCUGCCUCUUCCAAAAGCUUUUCACGUGUAUCUUUGAGAUAUCUUUAUUUUAAUUACUGAUACUUAGAGCACUGGUUCAGUAUUGGGUAUUCUUGGUCUCAGGGUUGAUGAGUUGGUGGUGGGAUACACAGUAACACGGGACAAUCUUAAGAUCAGUCUUUGCGUACAAUCUUUGCUUCGAGAUUCCCAGUUUACCGUCACAUUCCAGCCCCACCCCAGUAAGUGUCCUUUAAGAAUAACUGAGCAAUCUGUGGACAUGAACAAUGAAAGACUUUCCUCCUUCCCGUGUCUACAGCAUUGAUGCUUGAAUUAUUGCCUGCUUACUUUUCUCCGUAUGUUUUAGUAACUCCUUAAUAUUCAGCAACUGAGUUUUAUUCUUCCUUCCUUUCUCCUGAUAACAAAUAUCCAAGGACCGGCGCCGUGGCUCACUUGGUUAAUUCUCCACUUGCGGCACCGGCAUCCCAUAUGGGUGCCAGUUCUAGUCCCGGUUAGUCCUCUUCCAGUCCAGCUCUCUGCUGUGGCACAGGAAGGCAGUGGAGGAUGGCCCAAGUCCUUGGGCCCCUGCACACGCAUAGGAGACCAGGAUGAAGCACCUGGCUCCUGGCUUCGGAUUGGCGUAGCUCCAGCCAUAGUGGCCAUUUCUGGGGUGAGGCAACGGAAGGAAGACCUUUGUCUGUCUCUCUCUCUCUCUCUCUCUCACUGUCUAACUCUAUCUGUCAAAUAAAAAAAAAAAAAUCCAAGUGGCAGCAACUGGUGUCCCUGUCAACUGUGUUUUAUCUGCAUAUAGCAGAAUGAUUCUGCCCUUGGGAUUUUACUGUUAACCAAAAAGGAAGGUGCUUUCCAUGCCCAGAGUUCAGUUUUUUCAUCAUGAAGUAGUAGUCGUCCGAUUGGUCAGCCCCUUAAAUCUUCACAUGGUUCAGAUGUUCCGUGUAGUUGCACAUCUGGCAGAUACCCUAAAUGGCCAGGUUCUGGUUUACAAUUGUCAGUGUCUCUGGCAUUGCAGCCGGUGUUUUCCUUACGAUACUAGCCCACCUUCCAUCUUGGGGCACACUACGUGAUUGUGUUUGGUACUAUCAGGAUAAUGAUGACAGUAUGUAGUUCCCAGAGGCACAAAGAUUCCUGCUGUUGAGUUCCUUUUAUAUCUUAGUUUUCAAGUUUUUGUGAAUAUUUUUUCUCUAUAGACUUACCUUUGUGUGUAUGUGAGGAUUGAGGGGCAGAUUAUCUCCUGGAGUAGAAUUCCUGUGCUGUGAACCUCACCACCAGGAAAUAGUCCCAUGGUAGCCUUUAUGGAAAGAACUUGUUUCAUGGGUUCUCGUAAUUUCUUCAGCUGUUUUUGUUCUGCAUAUUAUAGCUGACUUUAAACAUGGCAGAACUGCUUCUACCUUUUUAGUAUGAAGUGUUGUUUAUGAUCUGCAUAUACAUUUAUAUAUGUACGUACACUCACAGAAGCACCAAGUUGGAGUCAUUUCAGCAGUGUUAAACGCUUCUGUUGUUUGAAUCUCAGGUGUCAGUAAAAAGUUCUUCAUUUGCUUGCCGACACUGUCCUGCCAUUGACAGACCAGCAGAGUAAUUUGGCUUUUAUUCUGCCAGAGUCCUAAUUUGGCAGUUGAGUUAGUAUUGCAUUCUUAAGCAGCUUGACAAGUAAGAAUCCUAAGUGGAGUUUACAACAGCCAAUAAAGCACUGCCGUGGACUCCCACUGAGUUACACGUGCCGUGGGUAUCUGGAAUGUGAUGGCCUAAAAUUCACUUUCCUCUUUAUUUGAUGAUACACCUAGGUGGUUUCCUCCUUACAACCUCUUCCCUCCAGUGUGGUAGUGUUGCCUAAUACUGGGAAGUACCACCUCAAGUUCUGUAUCUAAUGAUAGCCCUUAAGUGGUUCAGGCCACUUGCUCAAUGCAGAUGGGUUUUCCAAGGCCUGUGGCCAUCCCUGACCCACAGGGUGUCUAGCCUGAAUUUGGGCUAACUUCAGUGUCACUUGGUUUGUUGCCAUGGGAACAUAAUGGGCCCCCAAGGCCACCGUUGCUUAAGGUGCAAGGGCCUCUUAGAAGUAGACUGUCCCUCCAGAUGGGGAGGAAGAGGAGUUGUUAAUUCCACUAAGAAAACAGAUUUUUCUUCAAAAGAUUUUUUUUAAAAAUGGCAUUGUGCUACCCUCCUAAAAAAAGAAAAAAGAGCUCUUGGGUUUCUCCAGAAUUUACCGUGUGCUCUUUUAGGUGAGGGGAGAGGGAUUUACUUCCUGUUUGUAGUUAAAAAUCAUAAUUUAUUGAACAAUGAAAUCCAUAUAUGGUGACUUAAGAACAAAAGUGAGAUCUUAAAAUUACUUAACUAUGUAUUUUGCAUCUCACUGUUCUUUCUCCCUGUGUCUUUAAAGUUUUUGGCUAUUUUACAGUGUUAGUCACUAGGUAACUUGCCAUAUUCCUAGUUCUAUAUUAAGUUCUACCCUUUACAAUGCUGUAGCAUAAAGUUGGGUUUCAACAUUUGUAGAAAUAGAAGUCUUAAAGUCUCUGUUCUCCCGGUGAGAUUUUUCUUCUUCUCAGUAAGUCGCUAAGAAAAUGUCUCUGCCACUCUCAUUAAUAACAUUCUUGGGUUGUUCAAACUGGAAAAAAUUUGGUGAGAAAGAGUGAGGAUCCUUUUCUGGUGAGCGUACGUCCCUGCUUCCAGAAUGUCAUCUUCUGUCGGUUAUGUAACUGAUACACAGCAUACAUGGCUCAAUUUAAUGGGGAGGAAUGAUUAUUACAUGUAGCAAGAGGUAGCGUGCAUGAAUUACGACCUUUUAUUAAAAAAAUCCUGCCAAAAUGCAGAGCCCACAUACAUCAUUUCUGCAGCUGCUUAUGCUGCAGGCUUCAUUUUUGUUUCUGUGGUGCUGACUGGAAUGCAUACGCAUUGCGUCUUUUUAGGAGUGAUAGUGAACCUGAGAGACUGUUCAUUUUACACAAGCAGGUUAAGUCAAGAAAAACUAGAGGUAAAGAUGAAAGCGGUUCUUUAGUUGUUGAACCAGACCACAGCACUGCAGGCAAAAUUCAGAUGUUCAGAUCUGAGAAUAUUCUUUCCCAAGGGCAGAGCUGCUCACCGAGCGCGGAGCACAGUGGCGCAAUCCUGGUCCUUCGUAACCGGGGAGCUGUCUCCAGCUGGCAGCCCUCCUUCAGUAUAUGAAGCAAGAAUGUGGGGAAUAGCUGGCAUAGAAUGCUCUCACCUAAAAAAAGAAUGUGAAAAGACAUGCAAAACCGGAUUAUUCACUUAGCUCUGAGAACCUCAAGAAGAUAACAGUAAAAUGCCGAAUAACUGGACAAAGCCAGAAGAAGCCUUAAAAGGUUUAUCUUCGAGUGAUUUCUGCACACUGCUCACUAAAUGGCCAAGUUUCUACCAACUACUCUUAAAGUUAAUACCUUUAAAUUAGAGAUCUGUGUUAUAACUAGCUGCUGAACAGGCUUGGAGGAGGUAGCCGUUAGUAACCUAAGCGUGUCUUGGGGGCCAGUGCCCUUAAAGCUUACCUUACACUCUUUUGUUUGUUUUUAAAGGGUAGAACUGGGAGGGCUGAGCUCACAACAGCAGUGAGAGGUGCGACUGGGAUUCUUCAUUUUUUUCUUUUAAGAUUUUAUUUAUUUAAGAGGGAGAAUUACAGUGGAGAGAGAGAGAGAGCGCUUCCAUCCACUGGUUCACUCCCCAAAUGGCUGCCACAGCCAGAGCUGAGCCGAUCCAAAGCCAGGAACCAGUUUCUUCCGAGUUUCCCACAUGGGUGCAGGGGCCAAAGCAUUUGGGCCAUCUUCUACUGCUUUCCCAGGCCACAGCAGAGAGCAGGAUCGAGAGAAGCUGGGACUAGAACCAGCGCCUGUAUGGGAUGUCGGCGUGACAGGUGGAGGAUUAACCUGCUUCACAGCGCUGGCCCCUUGCCUUACACUUUUGAAAAAUGUUGUCUUUUCUUAGGUGAUACAAAGGAAGGAGCCAGUGGUGUUAGGCUGACUAGCUGCCCUGGUGCCGGGCCUGAGGGGGUUCCCUGCUUGCAGGAGUUUCAGUGCUAAACACAGGCCUGUCCCUGGCACCCCAAGUAGAGUUGAUCUCCUUAGAUGGACAUGGUCGUGGCCGCUGUUUAGCUGCCCUAUGGCUGUCUUGGCUUCCGUUAGUUUCUUGGAUCCAUGUCCUCCCAUCACUCAUUGCUGUGAGUUUAUGACCGAUCCUAGCUUAAGGCACCAGCACAGCAUUGAGAGUAAAGGGCACCAGCAGAAGUCACUGGUGCUCCACUACGAAGAGAAGAGGUAACGAGGUUAAGUUUUCCAGCACCUGGGUAUGCAUCCUGUCCCUACAGGGUUAAAUCUCACUUUUUUCACAGUUAAGGAAAACUGAGUGUGGUUGUAGAUUUCUUCUCUUGCAAGGGAAACUAUGACUUCUGAUGCUCUGGCCUCCACUGCAUUUUCCAGUCUGCCCUGCUCAAGAAGCCAGGAUGUGGUCUUCUGUUUGUUCUUGGUGAAUGUGAGUUGCAGGGAGUGAGCAGGCAGUGGCGAGUCCUGACGCAGAGGGAGCAGGGACUGUCAGAUCUGCAGCCUCCGUCCUCCUGAGGUGUGUCCCAGGCAGGACGGCAGGCGCGUGAGGCGAGCUCUUGGUCACGCGGCAGUAACGGGGCAGACGCUGUGCUGGCUGCAGACUCUGUCCUCGCCUCCCUCUGCUUGUCCUUCGUGGCCGCAUCUGCGCUGUAGUGGAGAGGGUAACUGUGCUCCUUGGAAGCCCUAAGCCGAUGCUUGUCCGCAGUAAGCUGUGCUUCCUUUGUAUCGUUGAGCGGGGAGCUGAGCCUUUAUGGCAGCUGGUGCUCAAGUGAAAAUUGUGAAAUACUGAUUUCCUUCCUCCACCCACACCAAAUAUUUUAGUCUAUUUAAAGUACCAAAAAAAAAAUUUUUUUUCAUUCUGCUUAAGAAAGCAUUGCUUCAGUGUCCUGUGACUCUGGUCAGUUUGGGUGUACUUUGUGUGCACAUGUGUGUGCUUUCUCCUUUUACUCUGUAUGCUCUCUACUUCUGUACUGUCACCAGUGAAAGGUGGCCAGUUUCCCCAGCAUUAAAGGAAGAGCCAUUGGAGUUGUUGA